GUUUGCUGCUAAGGAAGAAAGGGGAAAAUGUCUUUGACGAGCUUUUUACCGGCGCCGACCCAGCUGUCUCAGGACCAGCUGGAGGCAGAGGAGAGGCUCCGGGCUCAGAAGUCCUACUCCACCGCCCUGGUUGCAUCCCGCAGAGAGCCUCCUCCGUAUGGACACAGAAAGGGCUGGGUGCCUCGAUCACUGGAGGACUUUGGAGAUGGAGGAGCUUUCCCAGAGAUCCACGUGGCCCAGUUUCCUCUGGAGAUGGGUAGGAAGAAGAGGACAUCCAACGCCCUGGCGGUGCAGGUGGACGCCGAAGGAAAGAUCAAAUAUGACGCCAUCGCCAGACAAGGACAGAGUAAAGAUAAGGUGAUCUUCAGUAAAUACACAGACCUUCUUCCAAAAGAAGUCCUGAAUGAAGACACUCCAGAACUACAGAGGCCAGAUGAGGAGGCUAUCAAAGAGCUGACGGAGAAGACCCGCAUGGCUCUGGACAAGCAGGUGUCUCAAAAAAUUGCCGCUGCCAUGCCUGUAAGAGCUGCAGACAAACAAGCUCCUGCACAGUACAUCAGAUACACCCCGUCCCAGCAAGGAGUGGCUUUCAACUCGGGGGCCAAACAGAGGGUGAUCCGCAUGGUGGAAAUGCAGAAAGAUCCGAUGGAACCGCCACGUUUCAAGAUCAACAAAAAGAUUCCUCGAGGACCUCCUUCUCCUCCUGCUCCCGUCAUGCAUUCCCCGAGCAGAAAGAUGACAGUGAAGGAGCAGCAGGAGUGGAAGAUUCCUCCGUGUAUCUCCAACUGGAAGAACGCCAAGGGUUACACCAUUCCUCUUGACAAACGUCUGGCUGCUGAUGGUCGGGGGCUGCAAACAGUUCACAUCAAUGAGAACUUCGCCAAGCUAGCCGAGGCGCUUUACAUCGCUGAUAGAAAGGCCAGAGAGGCGGUGGAGAUGAGAGCCCAGGUGGAGAAGAAGAUGGCCCAGAAGGAGAAGGAAAAGAAGGAGGAGAAACUGAGGGAACUGGCCCAAAUGGCAAGAGACCGCAGGGCAGGGAUCAAAAGUCACGGAGACAAGGGUGGCGAGGACAGCGAGGUCAGGGAGCGUGACGAGAUCCGCCAUGACAGAAGGAAAGAGAGACAGCACGACAGGAACAUUUCCAGAGCUGCUCCUGAUAAGAGGUCGAAGCUGCAGAGGGACCAGGACAGAGACAUUAGCGAGCUCAUCGCUCUCGGUGUUCCCAACCCUCGUUCCAGCAGUGAAGCUCAGUACGACCAGCGACUCUUCAACCAGAGCAAGGGUAUGGACAGCGGUUUCGCCGGUGGUGAGGAUGACACGUACAACGUGUACGACCAGCCGUUCCGCAGCGGCAGAGACAUGGCCUCAAACAUCUACCGGCCCAGCAAGAAUAUCGAGAAGGACGCCUACUCAGACGACUUUGACUCACUCAUGCACAACAACAGGUUUGUUCCAGACAAAGAGUUCUCAGGAGCCGACCACGGGCAGAGGCGCGAAGGCCCGGUCCAGUUUGAGGAGGAUCCCUUCGGUCUGGAUAAGUUCUUGGAGGAGGCCAAGCAGCACGGCGGCUCCAAAAGGCCGUCCACCAGCAGCCGCUCAAAGGACGACUACCACGACAAGAAGCGCAGGAAGGAGUGAGAGCGGCCGCGCACGGCGUCCACGUAGGGCAGCUGCUAGCACAUUCGAGGACGAGAAGGUAGUCUUCUCACAGGGAGGGUUUUUAAU